AACACAGAGCUCCUCUAUCAGGCUCAGUUCCCUUUCAACUGCAGUUCACCAAACAAGCAGGAGUCCAGCCAACCGAUUGCUCAGCAUCUAACAAGGAAGACCACCAGAGAAAAAAAAGAGACAAUUAUACACAAACACUGAGCCUUGUUCAUACUCACACAUGGCCAGCAUGUCCAAGUGGACAUUCCUCCAGGCCAUGUGUCUGGUGGUUUCAUUGUCCACGGCAGUACCUGAGAAUUAUGAGGAUGAUAUCGAUGUGAACUUUGGACCCAAUUAUUUGAACGAGAUAACUGAGGAGGACCAGAUGGAAGGGGAAACCCCCACACCUUCCCCUGAACCCUGCAAAGGCCCAGUCUUCACUAAGUGGGAUAAGCUCUUCACAAUGCUGGAAAAUUCCCAAAUGAAAGAGAACAUGCUCCUGCAGUAUGCCGAUGAUAUCAUCAAGGUGGAGCUGCAGAGUCUGAGAGAAGAGAUGUUACAGUUUGUGGCACAGUACGGCGGCUCUUGCGCAUCUGCGGUUGAGAGCUCUGUUCGACGGGCUGGGAUUCAAACAGAGACGCGUCUGCAGAACGCGCUAGACCGUGUCCGAGAGGUCUCAGCUGAUCAGUCCUCGCAGCAUGAUGCAGCCCUGCAGCAGCUACUGGCUGUUAGCGUAAACCAGGCUGCACGGCUGGAGCGACUGGAAAACGACUGCUUGAAAUGGGGGGGAGGAGGUCUGGCCUCCCAAGCCAAGAGCUUCCAGGCCCGACAUCUCAUGCAAGAAGUGACAGAGACAGAGAAUGGAGGUAGGCUGGAGAAGACUCUGGCAGUCAUCUCCAGUGAGCUGCAAACCAUCCGGGAACAGCUGACCCUUUACACCAAAUCAGUCUUUGUAAACAGCCUUCCAUCAGGUGAGACAUCUAAACUACAGAAAGCAAAAUUAGUCAAUAUUUUUACCACUUUACUAAGAGGCGCAUUAAGCAAAAAAAUUGGACGGAGAAGCAAAAUGGGUAUACUGGAAUUCAAACUGGAUUCAAACCUCAGAGUGUUUAACUAUGUGCAAGAAAUGGCACAGAUAACAGACCACACUGUGUAUAGAAAGGUUAAAACGCAUAUGUAGAUUUAUGCCAUAGGACCUAAACAAAACAUCAUGCACCAAUUCCUACCAAUUCCUUUGCAAGUAUGUUGCUUUAAAUUAGUUAUUCUUCUGAGGUCAGUUUGGAUAGGACUAAAACAGACUGCCACGGUGACAAUUCUGGUUUGCUGCUGUAAAUUUUGAGCUGUAAAUCUGCGAUUUAUACAAACCACAUGGUAAGAUCAAACCACUAGCCAACUAAACUGACUAAAACAAACACAAAGCAUGUCAACUAAUAUGACCUCUGAGCAGACCACCAUCACCCCAAGUUAGGAGGUUGAUACCCCCAAAAUCUGAUAAAUGUUUAACCCCCUAAGACAUUCCCCAAGCUCCUACGGAGUUGGGAAACAAACUUUGUUCGCAUCAAGAGAGCUUUCACCUUGUCAGUAAGCCGGAUACAGUUUCUAGUCAGCUUAAGCUAAAAAUGAUUUAAUCUGCGAAUGCCCAUGCCUUCUGCAUUAAAUAGCUUUGUAGAGGUAGAGUAAAUGAAAGACACAGAGGGAGGUAUAA